AUGUCUGAUGUAGCAGCGAGCAAUAAAUACGAUGAUCCUGACAGUGUAGAUAAAUGUUACCCAUUACCAACAGAAUCCUCUAACUUUCUGUCUUUUGACGGAGAAUUUAUCUAUCAAGAACUUAUUGAGAUGGUAAAGAAAGCAAGAAAUUACCCCAAAAAGUUUAAGAAAAACAGCAAAGGUGGGAUAUGCAGAAAGCUCUUCAAUAUUAAACCAGACAUGAGGAGGUAUUAUUGGCAGAUAUCAUGCCCAUAUGAAGUGUUUUGGCUGGGAAAGUUUACAUGGAGAUUUAGGACCAACUUGAGAUAUACAGAAACGUGCUACAUCGUGCAACCAUGUCUACAACAAGUCAGAAUUGUAAACUGUACAUCCCACUUUUGCGACCAGAGAUUUCGAUCACCUUUCUGUAAGGUGAACAACUCUAUUUGUUUGGAGAAUAAUUUCAUACCAAAAAGAGUCCUUGUGUUUUGUAUUAAGACUUACAGGACUGUUCGAGGAAAAGUGGAACAAGUGAAUUGUAGUAAAACCCCACAUUUAUGUCUUAAAUGGGUAACUAUACGAGUACCACAGACAUGUGAGUGUUGGCAUUGUUGGGACAUGUUCAGGACUGAUCCUAAAAUGAUACCCUUCUACCAGAAGCAGCAAAUUGGAGCCGUGUGAUUUAAUAAAAUAUGUCUUAUCAAAGCAACGAAUAAAGUAGUUAUUUAAACAGCA